CUGACGGUGUUGUUUUUGUGUCAGAUGACUUACGAUUUUUGUCAGAUGAAUUGUGAUUUAAGUCACAUUGUUUUGCUUAGUUCUGUAAACCAGAAUGGCGUUAUUUGUUGUAAAACAUUUAUUUAUUCAAGGCAUUUGCCAAAUAUUAUUAUUAGGAUUUGUACUUGAUACACAUGUGGAUGCAGUCAGCAUUAAGUUUUCAUCAUCAUCCAAAGAUAUUGAACUUGGAGAGACAUCUAAAUUAGGUCUCAUAUUCAAUGGAACGCUAUCCAAACCUGCUGUUUUGAUCUUCACAUAUGAGAUUGGUAAUGACAUAAAGUAUACAGAGGAUGCGAAUCUCAUCCAUCCAGUUCACAAUGUCACAGUUCCAGCCAAUGACAAUUCUGAGAUCUUCGUCAACAUUACUGGGACAGGACCGGGUCACCUAAUUCUUGGAGUAAAUUCCUCCUCACCAGAAUUUGAGAAUCUUACCGACCAGUUUGUGCGGAUAAAAAUAGUGAGGAAUUCUAUUCUUGUAAUCAUCAAUGCUGUGAUUGGUUGGGUCUACUUUGUGGCAUGGUCUGUGUCGUUUUACCCACAGGUUGUCACAAACUGGCAGAGGAAAAGCGUUACUGGAUUAAAUUUCGACUACUUGGGAUACAACAUCACAGGAUUUCUGGCAUAUGGAUUUUUUAAUAUAGGAAUGUAUUGGAUACCAUUAGUGAAAAAUGAAUAUGCAGCAGACCAUCCUCGAGGCAUCAACCCAGUUCAGUUGAAUGACGUCAUCUUCACUCUCCACGCAGUACUAGUAACAGCUGUUACCAUUUUCCAGUGCAUUAUUUACGAGCGAGGUGGUCAGAAGGUGUCGCGAGUCAGUCAGGUUAUCCUCGUGUUGACAUGGCUGUUUGCUGUAAUCUCGCUGUUUGUAGCUGUGGGUCACAAGAUAACGUGGCUCACCUACCUCUAUUACUUCUCUUACAUCAAGCUCGGAGUCACGCUCAUCAAGUAUGUUCCUCAGGCUUACAUGAACUAUACGCGGAAAUCUACGUUAGGAUGGAGUAUUGGGAACGUUCUGCUGGACUUCACUGGAGGCAGUCUCAGUGUGUUGCAGAUGGUUUUGUUGUCGUACAACAGUGAUGACUGGAACUCGAUAUUUGGUGAUCCCACCAAGUUUGGUUUAGGCCUUUUCUCGGUUUUGUUCGAUAUUCUUUUCAUCACUCAGCAUUACUGUUUAUAUCGCGGCAGAGACCCAUAUGAAUCGAUCCAGGACAAAGACAUUGUUGUGAAUAGUAAGCAAACCAAAAACACUGAAAAAGAACCUCUAGUUUACUAACCAAUCGCAGGGGCCAUGGAACCACAACAGACUCGGGCCCCGAGCCAUUGGACUGUCAGUGCUCCCCUCCCCACCUUAAAAUACACUCUGUGGGCCCUGCAUCAGGGGCAGAAAUGGGGCAAUACAGUUACUUCAUGACUCCAAAUUUCAACUUUGUUUUGUAAACUGAGAAAUCCAUAUAGCAUUAGUUUUCAUGGAAUGAAAAUCAUGACAUCUAGAAUAUGGCUCUUCCAAUGACCAUUAGCUGAUGUACAAAUAUUAAUAAAUAUCUCAUGCAACAAAGGAAUAAUAUAUUUGCACCCAUUUUGUGGAGAAUAUCUGUAUAAAAUGCUUUAUGGCAAACGUUUGUUGUUCAUGCAUACCUUUAAAAUAUUCAUUGUAUAUACAUCAUCAUGUAAUAUAAAUACUGAAUAUAAUCAAAAAUAUGUGUAUAUAGGUCAUUGUUUUACUUGCAAAAGUUUUUGGUGGGAUUGUCAUAUAAUAUUGUUAAAGAUGUUUCAUGUUAGAAUGACUCCUAUUCUAAGUUAAAUAUUCAAACCAAAAUAUUUUUAGUCUUAGUUUGAAACUAUAUGAAAAGAUGUACAUGUAUUGUUAAAGAUUGUUUUCCAAUGAAUAAUUUUGUAUAUGUGUAUGUCGGUAUUUAUCCGUUUUAUUCUGUAUUAAGUCUACAUGUAUAGGCCUCACCACAAUACUUUGGUUUUCAAUUAACAUUUUUACUACACUUACUACAUCAGUAUAUUUAAUUGUAAAUGUUCGUCAUUUAAAUAUAAUUAUCAUAUUAUUUUUAUUUUUAAAUUAUUAUAAUAAUUUGUUUGUUUUUUUAAUCCCACUGCCCCUUUUCCUAUUGUCCGAACCAAAU